CUCUCCAGAUGAAUCCAAGUCGUGCCCAAUCAAUCAACACCCGAGAUACCUAAACGAAAAUGACCAAAUGGCUUGAAAGAUGUACCUACAACCUUGAAGUCAUUGUAGAGAGUGAUUGAAAAUGGUUUCUGCUCGUGAAUUCUCUGUAGAGCUAUGGUUAUUCGCACUCAACUUUUAUCAGAUCAUGGGUCGGUGAAACCGCUGUCGACCGUUACACUAACCUAGCAGGUACAUUACAUAGUAAAUGAAGGAGAGUACUUACCUACUACCUCCUGCCUAUCAGUCUUGGUUUGCCUUGGGACCUUGGGGCCUUGGGACCUUUGCGAACAGAACAACGGAUCUUUCCACCACUGCAACCUGCUUCGUCGCUCGCAUCGGAUUCUCAAUAACGCUGUUGCUGUCGCCUGUACGCCGAAUCGAGACUCGUCUUCCGUUUCUUUUUUUUUCGCUCUCACGCGCACACCCACACUCGCUUCAACCUCGACGUGCAAACAAACAACGGACCAUCGCAUCAACCAACCAACCAACUCAACUGGAUAGCCCCUCGGCUUUGCUAAUAAUCCCAAUGCGCCAGGUGCUGUGAAGCCACCCACCCGCCUUUCUCCUCCGGCUCUCUUUCUUCCCAAGUACGAUGCGAUACGGGUCGUGGAAACCCUCUAGGUGAUUGAUUCUAACCCUGCCAUUUCGAUUGUGACUCGUCUGGCCAUCUCGCCUAUUGAAUCCUCUUCCUACUUGAUCUCAUUAUGGCCGAAGUCGAAGCUAAACCCAGCACUGCCGAGCUGGCCGAACAACAACAUAAUCAGAAUCAGAACCAGAUUCAGAACCAGAUUCAAGCCCAGAAUCAAGGCCCAAAUCAGUCCAAUUCUCCAGCGCAAUCCUCGACGCCCCCUAGCGCAACGUUCGGCGGUCUGUCUGGCUCACUAACAGCCGCACAGAAUGCCCAAGGCCAGCUGAGCUUCCGAAGGCAACGUGCUUCGAGAGCUUGUGAGGUCCGAUGCGACGCCGCGAGCCUCGGCGUUCCUUGCACCAACUGCGUCGCCUUCCAAAUCGAAUGCAAGAUCCCUCAACCCAAACGAAAGAAGACACAAGCGAACGCAACAAAGGACUCUGAUAGUGAGCGUGGAGAUGCCAACGACAGCCAGUCUCCCCAGCCCAUGGCUGGCUCCUCAACCACAUUUCCAGCAAGACCACCCGCCGUAUACCAUACAUCUGAAGGCGUCCCACCCACUACUCUGACAGAUGCACAGGCGAGGAAGGAGGAGGUCGAUAAUGAUACUUAUGUGAAUCUAGUCAUGAAGCCCAAAUUUACGAGGGCACCCAUUACUGAAGCCGGUCGCGUCGCUUUCCUAGGCGAGUCUUCCAACCUCACAUUGUUAGUCCACGACCGUCAGGGGGCAUCGGAUGUAGUUCACUAUCCAUUGCCCGAAAAUGUCCGCGGAUCAAGAGCAAGAUUGACAGAACUCGACAAUAUCGAAAUCGAUAUCCUGCAUCGGCGUGGCGCGUUCCUGCUUCCCCCUCGACAGUUAUGUGAUGAACUCAUAGAGGCCUACUUCAAAUGGGUGCACCCUAUCGUGCCUGUUCUCAAUAGGACACGGUUUAUGAGACAAUAUCGAGAUCCCGCAAACCCCCCGUCAUUGCUACUACUCCAAGCUAUUUUGCUUGCCGGGUCCCGUGUUUGCCAAAACCAACAGCUUAUGGACGCUAAUGGCUCAACGACACCAGCGGCGUUGACAUUUUACAAGAGAGCUAAGGCUCUAUACGAUGCCAACUACGAGGAUGACCGAGUGACCAUUGUCCAAUCAUUGUUGCUGAUGGGUUGGUACUGGGAAGGACCCGAAGACGUGACUAAAAAUGUUUUUUAUUGGAGUCGUGUUGCUAUAAUUGUUGCUCAGGGCUCAGGCAUGCACAGGAGUGUAGAAGGCUCACAGCUCAGUGCGGCGGACAAGAGGUUAUGGAAGCGCAUCUGGUGGACCUUGUUCACCAGAGACCGAUCAGUCGCCGUGGCUCUGGGACGCCCAUGCAACAUCAAUUUGGAGGAUUGCGACGUUGAAAUGCUGACUGAGGAAGAUUUCAUCGAAGAUGAGCCCAAUCAUGCCGACGGGUUCGCACCAGACCCCAUUCACGUACAAUUCUUUUUACAAUACGUCAAACUAUGUGAGAUCAUGGGCUUGGUCCUCUCACAGCAAUACUCGGUGGCAUCCCGUGGGCGCCGCCAGAAUGCCAUUGAUCUUACUCACAGUGACAUGGCACUGGCUGAUUGGCUCCAAAAUUGUCCGAAGAUAGUAUACUGGGAGAUGCCCCGACAUCAUUUUUGGAGCGCAUUGCUCCAUGCAAACUAUUAUACGACGUUAUGUCUGCUUCACCGAGCACAUAUGCCUCCGAACUUGAGCAGUCAUAGCCAGCCUAGGUUUCCCGACGAGUCCGCUUAUCCAUCACGUACUAUCGCCUUCCAGGCCGCAGGCAUGGUCACGUCCAUCAUUGAAAAUCUAUCGGCCCACGAAGAGCUACGCUAUUGUCCCGCGUUUGUCGUUUAUAGCUUGUUCUCUGCGCUCAUCAUGCAUGUAUAUCAGAUGCGGUCACCAGUGUCGUCUAUCCAACGAGUCACGCAUGAUCGAAUUCGGACGUGUAUGGAUGCUUUGAAAGAGGUUUCCAAGGUAUGGCUUGUGGGGAAGAUGGUAUACACAUUAUUUGAGUCCAUCCUGGGCAACAAAUCUUUUGAAGAGAGGCUGCAGAAAGCAGCUGGUAGGCGGCAUAGAAAAGACAGGCAAGCUUUUGCACAGCUGGAUCAACACCAGCGGCAACAAGAAGCUGCUAAGCGCAAAUAUGAUGAAAUGGCUAUUGACUUCAGCGUAACUACACCCACACCCAUACAUCAGGAGUCAUACGAACGAUCACGACCGCAGACACCGCGAAACGAGCCCAUACCAAACCAAGCCACCAUGGGCCCUCCGCUUACCUCGCCUAAUGUCAAGUCAGGCGAUACCUUUAUGGGAGGGACUAAUAGUAGGCCGCAUACCCGACCAGCGACGCCGUUCAACCCUUCAUUCUCGGUCCCCGGUACGCCGCCAGAUUUAUACCUCGUUACUCGAAACUCGCCAAAUCUUUCGCAAGCCCUGUGGGAGAAUUUCCAUACCGAUCAGCUGUUCCCCGAAAGCUCAACCAUUCCGAUGCCCCAGAUGUCUCCUCCACAAAAUCAGCAGAAUCCAGACCCAAAUGUCAUGUCGCAGAUGCAGGGUAUGUCGUCUCCGGCGUCCGGCCAACCGAACCACUUCCAUGGACUAGGAAUGCAAAAAACGACCGGCGGAAGUCCGCUGCAGGCUAACACUUUCUUACAACCAGGACUAGGAGGAUUCUCAGGCGCCUCUGGAACACUAUGGCCUGGCGGCGACGUGAAUGCCACCAUGCAGGAAGGUCACAGUCCUAGUGACAGCUGGAGUACUGGAUCCGCCCACGGCCAGCCGGUGCCGGCGACCUUAAAUGUAGAGGACUGGUAA